CACAAGAACACACAAAUACUGGUACAUUUUCAACAUUGCUUAGAAAAGCAGUUUCUGUGAAAAUUUGAAAGAAAACUUGUUGGUGUAACUACGGGGUUAAAGCAAUUUAAGCGUUUUACUUUCAAUCUGGUGUAAUUUGAACUUAAAGUUUUGGCAGCACUGUCGAAUAAUUUAGAACCGAAGUAACAAAUAGCUUAUAUACAAAUAAAUUAUUUAGAAAUAUAUCUAUAAAAAUGGUGAAUUCUUCUGAAUGUCGUUGGAAAAAGGCAAUGCUUGGACCACUUCCUGAUGAUUUUUUACGACUGGCUUCUUUAUCCGACAGAGUACAAAAUAUUGAUGCUCAAACAGCGAUGGCAUUAUAUAGACAAACUCUUCCACAACUUGCGGCACUUAACCAUGUAGGCCGUCUAAGUAUAACGUGUGCACAAGCAAAACUUGCAAGAAACUACGGUCUAACUAGAAUGGAUCCAUAUGUACGAAUUCGUGUAGGCCAUUACGUUUACGAAACUCAAACUGACCCAAAUGGUGGAAAAAAUCCUAGAUGGAAUCGGGUAAUACAAAGUCAACUACCUAAUGGAGUAAAUUCUAUUUACGUUGAAAUAUAUGAUGAAUGCAGUUUCAAAAUGGAUGAGCUAAUCGCUUGGUGCGAAAUCAAGUUACCUGAAAGAGUUUUUACUGGAGAAACACAUGAAGAAUGGUAUCCCUUAAGCGGCAAGCAAGGCGAUGGACUUGAAGGCGCAAUCGAUAUUGUUUUAAGUUUUUCUAAUCAACAUUAUAUGUACCCAAAUAUUCAAGAACCGGCUCAAAUGAUAAUGGUUCCGCCUGGACGGCCUACGCCAAUUUUUGUUUCCCCACAUCAACCAAUUCAGCAUACAUCUGCACUUCCUUUUGUAAUAUCCGAAGCAGAUUUGAAACAAGUACGUGAAAUGUUUCCAAAUAUUGAUGCUGAAGUUGUUAAAACAUUGUAUGAAGUGAACAGAGGAAAUAAAGACUCAACUAUAAAUUCUCUAUUACAGAUGAACGAAUAGUAUGGGAUAUAAUUGAUAUACAUACAUAAAUACUUCAUUUAAUUCCAUAUCGAUCAUUUACUACAAUACUGACUCAAAAUUCAGCUUUUUCAUACUGUUUUAUAUAUUUUCAAAAAUGUCAAUUAUUUUCGGCGUGAGUGUUUUUUUUUUGUUGUAUGGGUCAAAAAUAAAACUAAUGUAUGUUUGGCAAGUAAAAAAAA